GCAUCCCAAAUUGAGAUUGGCGCCUACAUUCCUCUCUUCACCUCUCAUACCUCCAUUAGAAAGAUUUGCUUCAUUGGCGAUGACAAACAAUUGCCACACUAUGGUCAGGAUGAUAUCCACGACCUGAAGAGCAUCUUCGAGGUCAAGCAUCUCAAGGACCAUGCCCUCUUCCUGAACACACAAUACAGGAUGCCUCCUCAAAUUGGAAACUUCAUCUCUCAAGCUGUAUAUGAUGGCCUACUCGAGUCGAAUAUGCAACACCCCGUCACGAAUGAGAGGAUGGCUUAUCAUUUUAUCAACAUUCCCAGCCAGGAACACCGGAAGAACCUUGGACAGUGCCAAACCAUUUUCCAUAUUGCUACCAUAUUGCAAGCAAAGAAUAAGCGAUUCCGCAUUAUCACCCCUUACGACACUCAGCAGACAUGA